CCGAAAGCACGCUUUCUUUGCGACUGAGUCAUUAUGGCGGAAUUUGAUAUCGAACAAGAUGUGACCAAAAAAUUGGACUCUCUACGCAAAGACUCGUAUAAAUCAGAAAAUGAUCGGCCAGACAAUGACAGGCGAAGAAGAAGAUCCAGGUCACGGUCACCGAGGAGGGACCGCGACCGUGACAGACGACCAAGAUCCAGAAGUCCAGACAGAGGACGACGAAACAGAUCACCUGACAGGGGACGGCGGAGAAGAUCAAGAAGUCCAUCGCCACCAAAGCGCAAAAAGAUCCAAUCAUUAUGGGAUGUUCCUCCCGUUGGGUUUGAGCACAUGGAUCCUAUGGAGUACAAGAAGAUGAGAGCUGCUGGUGAGAUACCCACGGCUGGUCCUGCCUUGCCCGGGGCUGUGACUGGGAUCACCCAAGCCAGCAAUAUCAGUCGGCAAUCUCGUCGUCUUUAUGUUGGUAACAUACCAUUUGGUAUCACUGAGGAAUUGAUGGUGGAAUUUUUCAAUGCCAAGAUGCAAGAAUGUGGUUUGUGUACAGCCAGUGGUAGACCAGUUAUCACGGCCCAAAUCGAUAUGGAAAAGAAUUACGCUUUCCUUGAGUUCCGUUCAGUGGAAGAAACAACACAGGCAAUGGCGUUUGAUGGGAUUAUUCUACAGGGUCAAUCACUCAAAAUUCGACGUCCUAAAGACUAUCAAAUUGUCCCUGGUCUAAGUGGAGACUCAUCAAUGGUCCAUGUUCCAGGAGUUGUAUCAACAGUUGUUCCCGACUCACCGCACAAAGUUUUCAUCGGAGGUCUUCCAAACUAUCUGAACGAAGACCAGGUUAAAGAAUUGUUGGCUUCGUUUGGCGAGCUAAAAGCAUUCAAUUUAGUCAAAGACAGUGCGACAGGUCUCUCCAAAGGAUAUGCAUUCUGUGAAUACGUUGACAUGUCUAUCACCGACGUGGCAAUCCAAGGUCUGAAUGGAAUGCAACUUGGCGAAAAGAAACUGAUCGUCCAGCGUGCAAGUGUUGGAGCGAAACAGAAUAUGAAUAAUCCUGAUGCAAUAAACAUGGUCCCAGUUCAGCUGCAGAUCCCUGGUCUUGAAUUAAACAAGGUCACAAAUGAAGUGCCUACGGAAGUUCUGUGCCUCAUGAAUAUGGUUCAGAAAGACGAGCUUUUCGAUGAUGAGGAAUACGAAGAAAUCUACGAGGAUGUUCGUGAUGAGUGUUCUAAGUAUGGUAAUGUUGUCAGUGUUGAGAUUCCACGGCCCACGCCAGAGUUUGAACCCCCCGGAUGUGGCAAGAUAUUCGUCGAGUUUUCGUCGGCAAGCGAGAGCAAGAGUGCUCACCAGGCUCUCACGGGCCGCAAGUUCUCAAAUCGGGUGGUCGUUGUCUCGUACUUCGAACCUGAGAAAUAUCAUCGCAAAGAGUUUUCAUAAAUAUUGUAUCAUACUUAGCAGAAGUCGAUUUUAACAAGGUUCUUGCGAUCCUUGGAAAAGUAGAAAUGGCACAUCUUUGAAAAAUCGUUGCCACAGGGAUGUAUUUCCAAACUUAUGUCAAGAAAAUCUGUGUUGUUUAGCAAGCUUGUUUGGAAAACACGUUUUACCCGCAUAACCGUUUGUUAUUUCUGAUGUGUCAUUUUACUUCUCGAAGAUCCCUCAGCUGUCAAUAAUCGGGAAAGGUUGUAGAGGAAUCUUUUCAAACAAGUUGCCGAAUUGUUUCUUUUGUACUUCCCAAAAGUGUCCAAGGACCUAUAUAUUUCUGCUUCCAGCUUGAGUACUGCUUUUGCUUCUCGUUUUUUAAAUGAAAUCUCAUACCACUGUACUGUAGUAUAAAUGUAUUUUCAAUAAAGUAUCAAAGCCGUC